AUGAGUUUGUCUCAACUUUAUGAACACAAGGAGCAAUCCAUUUGUUCACAAAUGUUAGACGUUGGCAUGUCAAAUACGUCUAAUUCUCAGCUCAAAAACUUAGCAUCUCAGUCUUCUAUGCCGAAUUCUGGUGAAGCUAAUAGUUCAAUUCCACUGCAUCCUCAACCGCUUAAUGUGGACCCAUCAUCUGGUAUCCAUGUCCAGAGAGAGUGGGACAAUCUUAUAAAUCAUGCUAAUGGUGGGGUUGCCCUUACUGGAUCGGAUUUGUUAGGAAAGGUUGGGCCACUCAUUGGUUCAGUUGAUAUAACUGAAUCUGAAGUUGCUUAUGUAUUUCGUGUUUCACUUCCUGGUGUUGCUAGGGAUGAAAGUAAGUUCUAUAUAUGA